AUGUCGGACGAAGAUAUAGCUCCUGGCUCCGAUGUGGAGCAGGAAGUUUUGGACGAUGAGCCAAAGAGCAUCUUACUUGGCAUCAUCGGGCAGCUACGCAAGGGAGGUGACCUGUCUCGGGUCACCUUACCCACGUUCGUUCUGGAGCCAAGGAGCAUGACGGAGAGAAUAACGGACUUUAUGAGCCACCCGGAACUCAUCAAUAAUGCGCCUCUGAACACGGACCCCGUAGGCCGAUUUGCUGACGUUGUCGCAUACUUCUUAUCUGGUUGGCAUAUCAAGCCAAAGGGAGUCAAAAAGCCGUACAACCCCGUGCUUGGAGAAUUUUUCAGAUGCCGAUGGGACUUUGAGGAUGGUUCAACAGCAUACUACGUGUGCGAGCAAGUAUCGCAUCACCCGCCCGUCUCCGUUUACUUUUACGCCAAUCCGCAGAACGACAUCUGGAUUUCGGGCCACGUGCGCCCGGCGUCCAAGUUCCUGGGCAACUCCGCGGCAACCUUGAUGCGGGGGACGCAUCAUGUUCAGUUCAAGCGAUCCUGGCCUGGAGAGGAGUACACUGUUACGUUGCCCAACGUAUAUGCCAGGGGAAUCCUUUUCGGUUCCAUGUACCUAGAACUGGGUGAUUCUGUUGUCCUCAAGUGCCCAAAGAAUGAUCUUGUUGCGGACAUUGAUUUUCAAACCAAGGGCUUCUUCACAGGGGUAUAUAACGGAGUCAAGGGACGGAUAAAGCGAGAAUCUUCAGGCGAGGUGAUAUACAACAUUGCGGGCAAAUGGACGGAUUCCAUCCAAUUCACCAAAGCGAGCACAUCGGAGAAGAAGACGGUCUUCAACGCCGCCACGGCGCAGAUCCACACAAAAGUUCCGCCUGCGGAAGACGCGCAGGAAGAGUUCGAGGCGCGGAAACUCUGGGAAAGGGUUACGAAAGGAAUCACCACCAAGAACUUGGAUUAUGCCACGAAGGAGAAGACGGCGAUCGAAGAUAACCAACGCGUUAUCCUCAAGGAGCGUGCGGCCAAAGGGGUGACUUGGCAACCGAGAUUCUUCACUGGGCCUGUAGAUGACGACUGGAGCUUUGGAUUGAAAGAGUGA